AAUUUUGAGCUCUUCCUUGGUGGUUAUGCUAGAGAGAACAACAACAGGAGCAGCAGCAAAAUAAAAUGGCUUCUAAGUUUUCAGAGGAGGACUUCUCUUGUCCUGUGUGCUGUGAAAUCUUCAAGGAUCCUGUUGUUCUGAGCUGCAGUCACAGUGUGUGUAAAGUGUGUUUGCAGCAGUUCUGGGAGACCAAAGGAUCCAGAGAAUGUCCUGUUUGUAGGACAAAGUCAUCUAUGAGUGAUCCUCCCAUAAGUCUGGCCUUAAAGAACCUGUGUGAGACUUUUUUACAGGAGAGAAGUCAGAGUUCUUCAUCAGGUUCUGAAACAGUCUGCAGUCUGCACAGUGAGAAACUCAAACUUUUCUGUCUGGAUGAUCAACAGCCGGUGUGUGUGGUGUGUCGGGAUUCGAGAAAACACACCACCCACAAAUUUUGCCCCAUUGACGAGGCAGCAACAGACUGUAAGGAGGAGCUCAAAACUGCACUGAAGCCCCUACAGGAGAAACUGAAGCUCUUUAAGAACUGUAAACUGAACUGGAGUCAGACUGCAGAACAUAUAAAGAUUCAGGCCCAACAGACAGAGCGUCAGAUUAAGGAACAGUUUGAGAAACUUCAUCAGUUUCUACGAGAUGAAGAGGCAGUCAGGAUCACAGCAUUGAGAGAGGAAGAGGAGCAGAAGAGUCAGAUGAUGAAGGAGAAGAUUGAGAAGCUGAGCAGAGACAUAUCAUCUCUUUCAGACACAAUCAGAGUCAUAGAAGAGGAGAUGAGAGCUGAAGAUGUCCUGUUCUUACAAAACUACAAGGCCACAGUGAAAAGAGCCCAGUGCACACUGCAGCAUCCAGAGGAGCUUUCAGGAGCACUGAUCCAUGUGGCAAAACAUCUGGCCAACCUGAAGUUCAGUGUCUGGGAGAAGAUGCAGGACAUUGUCCAAUACAUGCCUGUAACUCUGGAUCUGAACACUGUUCAUCCUGGACUCGUUGUGUCUAGUGAUCUGACCAGUGUGAUACACAAUUGUUAUUUUGGUGAAAUGAAGCUUCCUAAUAAUCCAGAGAGAUUUGCUACAAAUAAAUGUAUCCUGGGCUCUGAGGGCUUUAACUCAGGGACACACUGCUGGGAUGUUGAAGUUGGAGACUGUAUACAUUGGUAUGUGGGUGUGAUGACAGAAUCUGCUCAGAGGAAGGGGGAUGUAUUUGCUAGAGGUGGUAUUUGGUAUGUGACUUAUUAUGAUGGUGUAUAUAAAGCAGGUUACACACCUAGGAUAUUUGGUUUUCUCUCAGUAGAACAAAAACUCCAGAGGAUCAGAGUGAAACUGGACUGGGAAAGAGGACAUCUGUCAUUCUCCGACCCUCUCACCAACACACACAUGCACACUUUCAAACACACAUUUACUGACAAAUUACUGCCAUUUCUAUUUGUUACUGAUACAGAUUUUCCACUAAAGAUCCUCCCACUUCAGUGCUCUGUAAGAUUGAAUCAGAUCAGUUAGAACUCGUAUUGUUUUAUUCCAGUUCAUUCGUGAAAUGUUGUUGAUUAUGUUUUAUGUUUUUGUGAACAUUUUUUACAGAAGUUUUUUACACAAAUUGUGAAAUUUAUGGCAUUCCAUUUUUUUUAACUUAACCCUUGUGUUUUCCUCGGGUCUAUCUGACCCGGCUGGAAGGUUUUUUGAAAUUAAUUUUGUCUAUUUUCGUUGAACUAUGUGUCCAGACCAAUAUAUACUUUGCGUUUUGGAUCCUCCAGGGUCACUUGGACCCGGCCACAUUUAGUGGGGCAAUAGGUCACACUUUUUCCCUUUUCAGCACAAAGAACAUACAUACAGACACAAAAAUGCACACAUAAAAUGUCCACUAACACACGCACCCAAAACACACUCAUAA